GUCCCGUUGCCGAGCCCUUUUCAUCCUCCGACUUGAUCUUCGACUUGCUCCCUCGUCAUGACACGGGUUUACCCUCCGCCGGGAUUCACCUGCUUUUGCUGGGCUUGAUUGGUUUUCCUUGGUAUUUUUGUCGUAUCUUACCCCAUGACAGGGAUUCAAAUACAGUCCGCCUGAAGGAUCUCACCAUUCUCGUCGUUACGGAGUUUACCAUUCUUUGAGACAGGAAUCAACUUCCAGCUUGGCGCUAUCGAAGAAAAGAACAAAAGCAUCAUGAAUCCCAGCUGCUUCUGCACGGUUUUCUCCUCUUUCCUGCUUCUCAGCUUUAGACUUCAACCUUCUUCGCUAGUGUGAGCGUUCAGCCACGUUCCUGUUUUUCUUGGAAACCAUUACCCCACUGAUAUGCAGAUGCACCAUGCCCCUCUGCAGGGACUCAUUUACCCCGGCCAGCCUCAACACCGGUACCUGGUCCCCGGAUGAGGACGAGAGACUUCGAGAAGCCGUUGCGCAGUAUGGCACCCGCUGGGUGGUGGUCGCCGCGGCCGUGGCGACCCGCAAUGGUGAUCAGUGCGCUAAGCGGUGGAACGAGAAUCUGAACCCCGAUCUCGACCACAGUCCAUGGACUCCACAGGAGGAUCAACUUCUCCUGCAGCUGGUCGACAUCUACGGCCGCAACUGGAAGUUCAUGGCCAACAGCUUCCUGGGAUCUCGUGCCCCACAAGCCCUCAAAAACCGCUACUCAUUGCUGAUGCGACGGUUGAAGCGUCGGGGCUCAAUCUCCAAGCAACCCCGACCGCUGUCAUCCUCCGCUACCACCAUGACCACUGCCGCAACCGCUACAGACAGCGUCAACAAGCAGCAGACACCCUUCACGCCAUACUUCGAUCUAGGCAUGGAUCCCCGCGCGACGGGGAUGCUCCCCACCCCAACCGAGGAAAGCAGUGGCAGCAGCGGCAGCACCUCGUACGCGAGCUCGCACCACAGCUCCAUCUCCGAGGGCAGCAAGCCGACGACGCGUCCCAGCAGCCGCUCCAAUUCCUACAUGGACCUGACCAACAUCUUCGGCACGAUGACCGGCACCGCCUUCGGUGACGACGUGCAGUAUCAGACUCAUGACCUCUUCACCACGCCGCCCAGCACCACCGUGCUGGUCCCCGGCGGUGGGGACGGGACGACCGGUACGCACCACUCGUCGGACGCCAACCAGCUAGAAUGGGAGGUCUGGCAGAGCUUGAUCGACCCGGGGUCCGGCGAGACGACCAUCACCACAACCACCACCAACUCCUCCUCCCGAAGUACAACCAGCAGCGGCAGCGAGUCGGGGAAAUCUACCCCCGACGCGGCCCCGGGCUUAGUGUCCACCCCGCAGCCGAUGGAUCUGACCACCGGGUUAGUAGCCCCGGCUAGUACGGUCCUGGAUAACCACGGGGUCGAGUACUCGGUGCGAUGUUCGCGGGCCAAUCUCAAGAAGCUGAUGCACAACCUCUGCGAUGCGGCCAUCUUGGAGACUAGUGCCGCCAUGUCGGAGGGGGAUCAGGUCACCCUAACUUUACAUCUGAAGACCUGAUCUUUGGGUUUAUUUUUUUCUUUUGUUGUUGACGAGCUCAUGAUACCUGUUUAUAGUCGUCAGAUUUUGACUUGAUUGCUUUGCUCUUUGGCGUUCUUUGUGUAUGAUAUCUUUGGCGAGGCUUUCGUCUCGUACCUUUCUUAUGUUUGGUGUUGCAUUCCAGAUGAGUGUAUCUGUGCAUGAGGUUUAUGAUAGAGUAUAUACUAAUC